AUCAGAUCCCGGUUUUGAAUAGUCCGUCGCGGGGUUCGCCCGAUGCUUAUAUCAACGUCACGAGACAGUAAGAUUCAGAGUGACUAGAUGUAAGGAGUGCAUAAGAGCACGAAUGCCCGGCUCGUGAGUAGAUGUUCACACGGCUUGUAUACAGAGGUUGAUAACGAGAAUCUGCAAUGAGAACCGCCAAAAUCGCCAGUAUACUCACUGUAACAAGUGCACUACUAUGUCACUUAUCCGUGUUCGCCGCGGAACAACCACGAUGUAAGCCAUGGACAGUCGACAAGAAACAUCGAAUUUUCGUAGCAACGGACAUUUCCAACGAGCCUGAUGACGCAAUGUCCCUCAUUCGCAUGCUCGUCCACUCAGAUCAAUACCACAUUGAAGGAAUUGCAGCAGUUACUUCCACAUGGCUGAAUGCCUCGACAUACCCCGACCAUAUCGAGGAGAUUAUCAAUGCAUACGCCUUGGUUCAAGACAACCUCCAAACUCAUGGACACGGCCAAUUUCCCACUGCAGACACUCUCCUGUCGAAAGUCACGACUGGCCCCAAGAUGUACGGCCUCACAGCCAUCGAGUCUCUGCAAGCAGGAAACAACUCUUCACCCGGCGCACAACUCCUCCUUGCGGCCGUCGACGCAUCCCCUGAGCCACUGUACGCGCAAGCAUGGGGCGGUGCAAAUCUCAUCGCCGAAGCCCUCUGGGUAGCAAACGCCACCAAAACGCCCUCCGAAUUCGCCAUAUUCACGUCUAAACUGCGCGUCUACAGCAUCUCCGACCAGGACAACACAGGAGCCUGGGCCCGGAUGCACUUCCCCGGCGUCCGCUGGAUCGCAUCCGUGCACGGCUGGAACGCAUACGCCAUGGCCGCAUGGACAGGCAUCAGCGGGGAAGACAACUACUCACAAGAUAAAGGCGGCCCAGACACAUCCCUCGUGUCCCCUUCCUGGCUUGCAGAGCACGUGCAGAUUGGACCGCUCGGUACGCAUUACCCGGACGUGCUGUAUAUCAUGGAAGGCGAUACACCAUCCCUCUUCUACACGUUCAACAACGGUCUCGGGAACCCUGAGUUUCCAGCAUGGGGCAGUUGGGGCGGGCGGUACACACCGAGCAUGCUUGGCGGGAACCAUUACGGUGAUAACGUGGAUACUGUUCUGGGCCAUGAUGGGCGAAUGUAUACGAGCAACAAGGCCACUGUAUGGCGCUGGCGUGCGGCGUAUCAGUGGGAAAUGGCGGCACGCAUGCAGUGGACUCUGCAACCGUAUGUAACUGGGUCGAAUACCAUACAUCCACCUGUCGUUGUCAUCAAUGGGUCGUGUGGAAGCCAUCAUAUCGAGUUAACGGCUAAAGCUGGCAGCACAAUCACGCUCGAUGCUACAGACUCGUAUGAUCUCGACGGCAGUACGCUGGAAUUCACAUGGUUUCACUAUCGUGAGCCUUCUAUGACCCAGAAUUCGUAUUCAGAAGUGCCUUUGCUGAACUUUACGUUCGCAGGUGGGUCGAAUAAUCGGAUUGUGAGUAUACAGUUGCCAGCAGAAAGCGACGCGUGCAGGUCACCUACAAGAGUGAAUAAGCUGGUGGAUGCGGGUGUUGUGUGUCAGCAGUAUCAUUUGAUUCUACAGGCCACGAAUCAAGGGACGACACCGAUCACGAGGUAUCGAAGGGUGUUAGUGAAAACUGAUCCUGGCAAUGGGAUGUAGUCACUUUAUAGCUCUGAACAGGAGCGACGAUAAUAUCUGGGAAUAGUGCCCCAUGAAUGUAGUAUUGACUAUCGAGAAUCCAUGCGUCCAAGCCUCAAAACGAAGCCAG